GACCAAUCAUAACAUUUUAUUGAAUGACGUUUAAAUUUUAGAAAGAACAAAGAAAACAAAUCAACUUUUUCUGCGGAAGGAGCGCGGUUUUGGAGCAAUUUUUAAUUCAAAUUUGAAUUUUUACGUGUCUUUGAGGACAAGUGGUGUUAUGUUAUGUAUUAAUUAACGAAAGAGUUAAUUGUCCAAUGGAAGAUAGUUUUACAUGUUCCACGUGUACUACUCGAUGACGAGGCAGACGGCGGCAGCGGGACAUUCCGCUAGCGCAGCCCUGACGGACAUCGCCCCAGUUGUUGUACCUUCGGAUCGAAGAUUGCGUAGUCGCGCAGUCGGCCGUAGCCUCCGAGCCCAUUUUUAUCAACUUGCAUUCGCAAACUGGAGUUCGAAAUUCAAACAAUCUAGUCCACAGCGAAAUUCCUGUCAACGAAUUGGAUUUCUAGUUAUUAUGAAUGGUUCAUUACUGUGAUUUCUAAACAAAAUGGAAGAUUCCUAUAUAAUUGCCAAUUUCCAUACGCUCUGCCGUCUAUGUCUUAGCAAGAGCACGUUCACCGUUUCAAUUUUCGGCGCUGCGCCUGAUGAUGAGGCAAAUGUUGCUUUAACCUCCAAAAUCGCGGAAUGUUUUGAACUGCAGAUGGACCCCAAUGAUGGAUUACCUGGCAGAAUAUGCUACAAAUGUUUGUUCAAGCUUGACAAAUGUUGCAAGUUCAAACUGCAAUGUAUACAGAAUGAGACCAGACUAAGGCAAAUCACAACUAGAACUAAUGAGUUAGAUAAUUCUAAUUCAUCUGAAGUAAGUGCAUAUAACUACACAAACUCACAAGAUUCUACAAAACCAAAACCUGAGGAUUACAUUGUUGAAGACAGUGUUGUGAUGGUGGUUGAUCCGAGCCUUGACUAUGAUUCUUCAGAAGAAUCUGAAGCACCGGAACCUGAGAAUAAUGAAGUGACAGAAAGGGACAAUACACCAGAAGGAGAGCCAAUGUCCGAGUCUUUCUUCAAAGCUGUAUUUAUGUGUGAGUAUUGUGACCAGGCCUUUGUUUCACAAGAGAAAUGUAAAGAACACGAGCAGAGCUAUCACGACCCCAACCUCCCAUAUAAAUGUGUGGAAUGUAGUUUAGUUUUUGCUGAACGUAGUCAAUAUAUUCAGCAUACUAAACAAGUACAUGGUAAUGACAAACCUUAUCACUGCCCAGAAUGUGAUAAAUGUUUUGGGCGCCGCUCAGAUUUAAGGAAGCAUUCUAUUGUCCACACUGGAAUAAGGCCUUAUCAAUGUCAAUACUGCUUAAAAAGCUUUUCACGUAAUACCAAUUUAAGCAAACACUUGCGAAUUCAUGCUGGCCACAAGCCCCAUGUUUGCCCCUUGUGCCCUAGAAGCUUUGUUGCUAAAGGCGAUCUACAACGGCAUGUACUAGUGCAUUCUGGUAUGAAGCCCUUUGCGUGUCGAAAGUGUCCAUUGACAUUUGGAAGACGAGAUAAGUUACUGAAACAUGAAGUACGCCAUGCACCUGCCAAACCUAGGCGCAAGAAUGAAUUUGAAAAUGAUCAUGGAAAUGACAUGGUUGUUAAUGUUAAUCCUUUUAGCAACUUGAUGACUUCACCCACCCUCAACCCUGAUGGGUCUCAUGCCGAUUAUGAUUUACCAAGAGUUCCUGAUCACAUUUCUGGGGAAAGUAGUUUUGUGAAUCAAGUAAAAAACCCAUCAACAUCUGGGAAACAAAUUCAGAGUUCACCGCCCAAACCCAAGGCACUAGCCAAUAAAAAUAGGCCUAAAAACAUAAAAUGUCAUCAAUGUCCUAAGAGGUUUUCCUCAUUAGAUGCAUACAAAACUCAUGUUUCAAUAGCUCAUAUUGGAUCCAGAGUGUUUCAAUGUAAGAUAUGCUUCAAAAAGUUCCCUCGAAAGAGAGAGCUCGAUCGUCAUGCAGCUUUACAUACUGGAAUGAAACCUUUCUCAUGUAGUCAAUGUGAUAAAAAGUUUACUAGAAAAGAUAAAUUGGAUAAACAUGAACAAACACAUGAAUGUUUGGUUGUAAAUAUGCCAUGUAUUGAAUGUGGAGCGACUUUUGAGAAGAAAGCAGACUUAGUUGCUCACAUUAAAUCUCAUUUUACUGAUAAUUUUGACGAUAAGAGUUCAGAGACUGAAAUGAAGAAAGAAGAUGAACCUGACUUCCAAUUGGAUGACAAUUUUUAUGACAUUGGGACUUGAGACAGCAAGGCAUUGAAUGAUUGUUAGUAAUAUUUUUAGUUUGUUCCUCCUAAUGUACUUACAGGCUUAGUAUAAAAAGAUAAUCUCUAAUUAUCUCAUUAUAGCUGUAGCUUAGUUAAUUAAUUCUUCAUGGCCCAUAAGAAUAUGUAACUUAUAUUUUUCUAAAAUGUGGAUAUUUCUACCCACCUAUCUUAACUGCCAUGCAAAAAAAAUUCAUUAUUGUCCAAAGGUUAGUAAUAAUUAGGUGAUCUGUAAGAAUUUACUUGACUUACUUGUAAGAAUUUAAGUAGGCAUAAAUUAAGUAAGUUAGUAAAAACAUAAGUUCAUAAUUUCCAAGGCAAUGCACAAACUAUUUUAACAUGUAAGUGGUUAUU